CCCCGCCCUACGGCUCUUGCAAGCCUUAAUAGUUGACCCGUCGCUCUCUCCUUCCUUGUGUCAAUCGCUCUGCACAUACUGGUGAACCUCCUCGUGUAUCGCCUCAACUGAUCUCCCUUCCACGCUUAGUGUUGCCUCUCCAAUUGCUCGUUCUUCGCGGCGAUCUUGAACGAGCCGGAGGGCCCAUAAUGUCCACGGGCCGCCUCGGCGAUACGAAGGUCAGAAAGCACACCAAGACAUUCACAGGCUGUUGGACAUGCCGUGCUCGGAGAAUCAGAUGUGACGAGACCAAGCCCCAAUGUCUUCAGUGUUUCCACAAAGGCUGCAAGUGCGAAGGCUAUGGGGUAAGGCUCCAAUGGGUUCGUAACGAUGCCGACGAACAGGACGGACCCUACCCUUCUGCAGCACGCAGUAAUAUUGUCCCAGACUCUAGGAGAGUUGUUUUCCCGUCCAGUCACAUCGACGAGAUUCUCCAUACUUUGGACCUGCUGGCUUACGACGGUACAGCUAACCCUCGUGAGGAAGUCUCCCAUUUUAUUGAUUGUUUUGGCGUCCUUGGAACAGCUGGGCGCCACAGGAAUAGUACAUCCAUUUCAUCCCAGACGACGGCUGUUUCGCACCCGGUUCAAUUGGAGUCGCUACCCUCAUGGAGCCCUCUCGGUCUGGCUGCCGUUCUAGGGGGGCAGCAGGAUCGUCGUCUGGAAUCGGUAUCGGCGGAGAUCUCUGGGGAUAUGCCCACCCCUCCUUUGCACGAUAGCUAUGAGUCACAGACUCUCCUUGCGCCCUCCCAGGGCUUGCCUCCAACCCCGUUCCUCGUACGACCCACUUCGUCGCACCUCUCUUCUGAUGAAAAUUUCCUCAUGUAUCACUAUUCCCACCGGGUUCUGUACCUCUUUUGUGUCAUCGACCACGAGAAAAGCCCAUGGAAGAUCGUUCACCUACCGAUAGCUCUUCAGGCCAUGGGCGAAUUAAGUAUGCAAGGUUCAACUUCCAUGAUUCGUGAAGCUCUCCUGUGUACGUUACUGGCCAUUAGCUCAUUUCUUCUGUCCAAUGAUGGCCAGUCGCAUGUGCGGACAGAUGAUGCUCUAAGUUGGCGAGCAGCUGCAAGCAAAUACCGCUGCAAAGCAAUCAACCUGCUCAGGAAUGCUGUCGAAUGCUAUUUCUACGCCAAGUCUCCCCCAAGAUACAAGGAGUUCUUAGCGACUACACUAUCUAUGAUCACCAUGGACGUCAUAUCUGGUGAUACUGAUACUUGUGGUAUUCAUCUAAAUGGGUGUUUUCGCCUAAUCACCCAGGCGCAGAAAUGGAAACGUAAGUACUCGACCAAGGCUCAGACACUUCAUCGAAUAUAUUUCUACUUGCGCACAAUUUAUGAAAGCACGGCCCCUCGGUCUAGUCGGCGCACUCAAGAUCUUCCAUUCGCAGCGGAUACGCCCGGAGACGGGUCGCCUGAUAUAUUUUGCCGCGAUCUUCUUGGCGCUCAGAUGUCUGGCUUCCCAGCAGGCAUAGAUAUGGAUCUUGAAACGCGAAUGUCCAGCUGCGAGAGGAUCUAUGGAAUUCCUCAUGGUUUGCUCAUCCUUUUGAUCGAAGUCAUCGAAUUAACCGACAAGUUGGACGAGGUACGUGAUGCGGAUUCGGUCACUCAGGUUUCGGACUCUUUGAUGGAAGAAUGCGAUCAACUGGGAAAAGCCAUAAUAGACUGGCCUGCAGUAGUGGGCCUCGAAGGAUGCACCAAAAUAAAUACAUCGGUCAGCGCCAAAAUUGUACAUCAGCACACCUUGGCAUUCCACAACGCUCUCAUCAUCUAUUUCGCGCAGAACAUCCGACAGGUUGGCCAUCACUUCCUCCUGCCCUAUGUCAACCAGGUAUUAAACAGUAUGGAGACGGUUGAGAGUCUGAAAGUUGGAACACAAGAAGCGUUAGCGGCACCACUCUUCUGGCCUGUCUUCAUUGCUGCCAGCGCUACUUUUGACGUGGCAAUGCAGGACCGAUUUCGCAGCUGGUACUCUCAUGUAAAAGUCUACCGGAUUGAAGGCUUUAGGACGGGACUUCAUGUUCUGGAAGAUCUUUGGAAGACUGGCCCCUCCCACCAACAGCAACAGAAAUGUCAUUGGCGUCAAGUGCUUGAAAAAACAGGGGUCCGUUUGAUGUUGAGUUGA